AUGGCGCAGAAGAAGCUCACGGUGGGUGGACGCCAAAUUACUGUCACGGCUGCUGGGCACGUCUCAUUGCCCGAGGGCAUGACAACGGUGCCGCGAGGGGCCUUUCGCCGCCACACCUCGAUCGUCUCGGUCACUUGCCCACGCAGUCUCGUCGCAAUUGACAGCGAGGCGUUCCUCGGAUGCGCCUCGCUUACCGCAAUCCACCUGCCUAGCAGGCUCGCCUCCAUCGGCGACUGCGCCUUCUUUCAAUGCUCGGCGCUCGUCCGAGUCGCCGUCCCCACCACUGUCAAAACUGUUGGAGCGGCCGCAUUCCUCGGCUGCUCCUCACUCGCGUCCAUUCAGUUCCACCACCCAGCCAGCCUGGCAACAAUCGGCGCUGCCGCAUUCCUCGGCUGCGGCUCCCUCACAGCCGUUGCCCUUCCCGCCUCGACCGCCUCCCUUGACACCGCCGCCUUUGCCGGCUGCCGCGCCCUAGCCAAAGCCACCUUCCCCCCCGGCAUCACGUCCGUCGGAUUCGGCUCUUUUCGACUCACCUCCCUUUCUCAAGUCGCCCUACCGACGACCGCCGAGAUCCGCGACGCCUUCCCCGCCUCAACCGCCGUCAACCGCAUCGCGCCCGCGCGCAUGCGGGCCCAGGACCGGCUCCUCUUCCUCUACAACGGCGUGCUUGCCUAUAAGCGCUGCCGACCCGGCCUUGUGAAUUGGCUAGAGCGGGUCCAGAUCACGCAAGGUGCUUACGGCCCGGACGGCGCGGCGCGCAAGCGCGACCGCGACGCUUUUGAGAGCGACUUUGGCCCCUCGCCGCGGUCCGAUCCGCCUCCUCCAACCCCCGCCGCCGCAAUCAGCUCGGAGGUGAGCUCUCUGUGA